AUGCAUUUUGGUCAGCCUGUCGGUGAUGCUCUGGCGUGUGAUCAUCUCCCUGCAUACCGGGUCAAGAAACGUCCGUCUUUUUACGCUGGCCUUCUGCGAGCUUGGUUGGCUCUUCGUGGUACACAAGAUGCUGGUGUAUGGGUGAUCCCUCAUCCAUCUGGUGAUCCUCUUCCCAUUAGCAAAUUAUCUGCCAGUAUUAGUUAUCAGUUCCUAUUGCGGUCGUAUCAUAUUGAUCAUCGCUCCUUGACUAAGUUUCGUGAUCUCGGUAUCGCUGUCGAAUGGCCUGAUGUCUGGGCUAGUCUUCGUCUGUGGCGUUUUAUCCGUGCUGUACAGGAUACAG